GUAGAUUAUUACAGGUUUCUGAGCGACACACAGUACAGUCGAGACAAAGGUUUUGAAGAGCAUAACGCUUCUCAGGUGUCAGAUCUUGCUUGUGUUGAUCCUGGCUUGGACUAAAUCAGAGACAUGAAUUUGACUAGUGAUGGUGAGACUUGUUGGACAUGCUUGAGAUAGAGAAUCUGCCUAAAUUGGCAGGACUGUUCUUACAGACUGUAUCUCUGAAGCGAAAAAGAGCUGCCAUGAUUCAGCAGCUGGAGUCAGAUCAAGGUGGCAUGGCCAAAGAUCUGACCAAAAACAGAAGGGUUGUCAUGCCAAGUUGGACUGAACAUGAAGAAAUUAAGGAAUUACAGCAGUCGUACAGCAGGAAUAAGGUCCGGACGACCAAGUACACCUUCUUGUCUUUCCUCCCCAAGAAUCUUUUUGAGCAACUUCAUCGUUUUGCCAACGUAUACUUUGUCUUUUUGGGCGCAUUAAACUUUGUGCCUAUCGUAAACGCGUUCCAGCCGGAGAUCUCGGUCAUUCCUAUUAUCUUCGUGAUGGCUAUAACUGCUGUUAAAGAUCUUUGGGAGGACCAACGUCGAAGGAAGUCUGACCAAAAGAUCAAUAACUGCUCAUGCGAAGUUUAUGACAGGAAGCAGAAGCAGUAUGUGGAGCGGCGUUGGGCUGAGGUGUGUGUCGGUGACCUGGUCCGUCUCUGCUGUAAUGAGAUCAUUCCUGCUGACAUGGUGCUGCUGCACUCGUCUGAUUCUAAUGGAGUAUGUCACAUCGAGACGGCCAACCUGGAUGGAGAAACCAACCUCAAACAAAGGCAGGUGGUCCGUGACCUGCCACAGCAGGGCCCUGAAUUUGUUCCAGAAAACUACAGCAGUCGCAUUGAAUGUGAAAAUCCCAACAAUGACUUGAGACGGUUCAGAGGCUUCAUGGAGCACCCUGGUAAAGUGCGGGUUGGACUCCACAGUGAAAACCUGCUCCUGAGAAGCUGCACUGUGAGAAACACAGAGACUGUGAUCGGCAUUGUGGUCUAUGCAGGUCAUGAGACAAAAGCAAUGCAGAAUAACAGCGGGCCGCGCUAUAAACGAAGUAAACUGGAGCGCAGACUUAACGUAGACGUCCUCUGGUGUGUCGUUUUACUGCUGGUCAUGUGCUUUAUUGCUGCUGUAGGUCAUGGUUUUUGGUUGAGUGGAAUACAGAAUCCCAUCUUCAUUAUCCCUGAUGACACACACCCUGCGCUCGCUGGCUUUUACAUGUUUUGGACUAUGAUAAUUGUUCUGCAGGUGCUGAUUCCCAUCUCCCUUUAUGUGUCGAUCGAGAUUGUGAAGUUGGGACAGAUUUAUUUUAUUCAGAAUGACUUAGAUCUGUAUAACCCAGUACUGGACACAGGAGUGCAGUGCAGAGCAUUGAACAUCACAGAAGAUCUUGGCCAGAUCCAGCACCUGUUUUCUGACAAGACGGGAACCCUCACAGAGAACCGCAUGCUGUUCCGCCGCUGCACUGUUGCAGGAACCGAGUACCCUCACAAGGAGAACGCGAUUUCUCUGGAACAGUAUGAGGAACAGGGUUGUGGCGAUGCAGAUCACUCUCUCACCCUGAGGUCACGCGCUAGCAGGAAAUCACUGAGCUGUAAGUCACUCAGCUGCAACCGGAGUUCAGUGUCCCUCAAUACCCUAACGGCAGAGUCUGACACGCACUCGGUGCACGACACACUCCGCAGACACACACCUGGAGCCUUCAGCAGCACAAUGGAGUGUGCCGUCGUUCCAGACCCUGAUCUUCAGGUAAAGCUGAACGCCCUGUCUUCACCCAUGCGUUCCGCUCUCCGACAGGAAGCUGCUGAAAUCUCUCACAUAUUGGACUUCUUUAUCGCCCUCACUGUCUGCAACACUGUAGUAGUUUCCUCACCCACUCAGCCAAGACAUAUGGUUCAGAUGCCUGUGGUUCGCACACCCCUGCGUUCUCUAGAAGAGAUGAAGGCCAUGUUUCAGAAGCUGAGUCUGCCUCGCUUUCCCCUAUCACUGAAUCAAAACACAGACACUCCUCCCAGCCUAACCAAGAAACUCUUCACCCGGGGUCGUUCGGCUUCCUACUUUCCUAACAGCAGCCCGCAAACACCCAUCACAAACCUACAGUCACCCACCACACCUUCUGGCACCCCUUCAAACACCCCAAGCACUCCCGUCACUCCAGCGCUGUCCAGUGGCACGUGGACUGAGGACAUGGACGACAUACAGAAGGCCAAAGAUAACUCUGUCAGAGAGUCAGAUUCAGAGAGUGAUGAUGAAGAUGAGGAAGAAGAGUUGCUGUACGAGGCCGAGAGCCCGGAUGAGGCGGCAUUGGUGCAAGCAGCGAAGGCCUAUGGGUGUACUCUGCUGGGCCGGUCCCCAGAGCAAGUCCUUGUGGCUUUUCCAGGCACUGGGCCGCUGUCCAUCCCUCUGCUACACGUACUGCCAUUUAGUUCUGCCCGGAAGAGGAUGUCUGUGGUGGUGCGCCAUCCGCUCAGUGGAGAGGUGGUUGUUUACACUAAAGGAGCUGAUAAUGUCAUUAUGGAGCUGGCUGAAGCAGCUGAAGAUGGUUUCUCUAGGGAGAUCAUGGAACAGACACAGAAACACCUGGACCAGUAUGCAAGAGAGGGACUGCGCACUCUCUGCGUUGCUAAAAAAGUAUUGGAAGAGCAGGAAUACAAAGCCUGGUUGAAGAGACACGAAUAUGCAGAAACCAGCAUUGAAAACAGAGAAGAGCUUCUGCUUGAAUCCGCUGAGAGACUGGAAAAAAAUCUCACAUUAUUAGGGGCGACAGGUAUAGUAGACCGCCUGCAGGAGGAAGUGCCUGAGACCAUUGAGGCUCUGCAGGAAGCUGGAAUUAAAGUUUGGGUCCUAACAGGGGACAAACAAGAGACGGCUAUUAAUAUUGCUUUUGCUUGCAAACUUCUCAGACCUACAGACCACAUAUUGAUGGCCAAUUGUGACAGCAAGGAGGCAUGUGAGGCUCGAUUUCAUGAGUUAGAACAUGAGAUCACACAGGUCACAAAGAAAGGCAUGAAGUCUGAAGAUGGUAGUUUUGACUGUGUGUUGGUCAUUGAUGGCCGUACGCUGGACUACGCUCUGGAGAAGGAGCUACAGGGGUCGUUCCUGAACCUCACGUGCUGCUGUCGCUCAGUCAUAUGCUGCAGAUCCACCCCUCUGCAGAAGAGCCAAGUGGUCCGGCUCGUCAGAGACAAGCUGAAGGUCAUGACCCUGGCUAUAGGUGAUGGAGCCAAUGAUGUCAGUAUGAUUCAGGUGGCAGAUGUUGGUGUCGGCAUCUCGGGUCAGGAAGGAAUGCAGGCGGUGAUGUCCAGUGACUUUGCUAUCUCUAGAUUCAAGUUCCUGAGAAAGCUCAUUUUGGUUCACGGCCAUUGGUGUUACGCUCGUUUGGCUAACAUGAUCCUCUAUUUCUUCUACAAGAAUGUGAUGUACGUGAACCUUUUGUUCUGGUACCAGUUUUUCUGUGGAUUUUCAGGCCACACAAUGACCAACUCGUGGGUUUUAAUCUUCUUUAACCUGCUAUUCACCUCCAUCCCUCCAAUCAUAUAUGGUGUGCUGGACAAAGAUGUGUCUGGCGAGACGCUUCUAGAUCUGCCAGAUCUCUACAAGUCUGGACAAAAGUCACAGGCCUAUCUUCCGUCAACAUUCUGGGUGAACAUUGUUGAUGCUUUUUACCAAAGCCUAGUGUGUUUCUUCAUACCUUACUUUGCAUAUGCAGGGUCUGAUAUUGGGGUAUUUUCCUUUGGCUCUCCAAUCAACAGCUCCGCUCUCCUCAUCAUCCUCUUGCAUCAACUGGUAGAGAGUCGCACAGUGACAUGGAUUCAUACUGCAUUGCUGCUCUUCAGCGUCUUUUUCUACUAUGUCUUUGUCCUGUUGUUCAGCAUUACGUGUGUGACGUGCAAUUCUCCUACAAACCCCUACGGCAUUGAGACAAAAAUGAUGUCUGAGGCGAUCUACUAUUUUGUAUGUGGACUUACCACAGUCCUGGCCCUGCUACCUAGGAUCCUGUUUCGUGUCUUUUGUAACACCAUCUGUCCAUCUGACCUGGUGAGAGCGCAGAAAAUGGAGAGACUCUCAGCACAAGACUAUUACAUGAGUUUACAGCAGUGGAAGGAGAACAAAGCUGCUCAAAGACUGUCCUCCAGACACAUCCCUCAGAACCUCAGUGUGAAUGCUGACGUGCCCUAUUUAACAGACUGCAACGCAGAAGCAGGCGCUGUCCUCUCCUGAGCAAUAAGGAAGCUGCCCUUGAUCAUAUAAACACGGUCAUUAAUUCAAAUUGUGACUGUAUAUUCUUGCACUUUAAUGAUAGGCAAAUACUCUGACAAGUCAAAUGUCAGGUCCAAGAUUUUUCUGCCCAAUAAGUGUUUUCGCAGCGAUGUGUAGUACCUGGGCUCUCUAUACCGCUCUGUGUUGAGCUUACAGAUGAACUACUUCGCAAACUCUUUCCAGUCUAGUGAUUGCGGAGUAGUCUUGGAGUCUGGCUUUUGUAGACAAAGAUAUGCAGAGAAUUGUUUACAUUUCACAAGGCUGUGCCUUUGACAUUUUUAAUUACAUAUUCACUCCAGCAAGAACCUCAAAGUUGUGAGGAAGAAUUGUGGGUUAGGACGUGGCAAAAUACUGUAGCUACUUUGCCUUUGCUUUAAUGCAAUACUCCAUUUUUUGGUUAUUGAGGGUAAAAAAUUCAGAACUUCACAACUGCAUAGACCAUGAGAAAAAUGACCUUGCACACUUCCCAUAACACUAACAUAUGCGUAAACUCACACAAAUUCCCACAGUCAUGUUUCAGAUGUUUUAUAUUCUAGCAAAUAACACAUGCAAAUGACGAUCUUCCUCCCUGGUUGAGACUAGGAAUAAUAAAAUUAAUUGAUUUUUCUGUUAAUCUCUUAAUAAUUAGGAGACACAUGAUAUCUGAUCAUGGAGAACUUUAUUACCAUGAGGCCUUUACAUUAAGUGAACUUUCCCUGCUCAGGAAUAAAAUGAGAUGAACUUAAACAGGAGCUAAUGUAUUUGUGACCCGAGGUCUUUGAUGUCCAUUUGUGUGUUCAGUCUGACAGUGAACAUGCCGAAGGCAUGUAUUACAAAUGGAUAAGUCCAGUAUUUUAUGAUAAGUGCUAGAUUGCUUUUUAUAUUUCAAUACAAUUUUAUUUUUAUUGCAAAAGUGAAUGUUUGAAUUUUGAAAAUGUGAAUUGAUAAUCCAUAAUGAUCAUCUAAGAUGAUUUCGAGUCAUUGACUAGAAAACAUUAUUUAUCACUGUAUAUUUCAUGUGAGCCAUUUGUAGUAUUUGUAAAAUUUGCAAUAAAACACUUAAA